CUUAUCUCAUAUCCAAUGAAUGCCUUCAAUUAUUGGGCACACCAGCUUACAAAUACCAUACCCCAAGGUUUAUCUUCAACAGCCAGUUUUCUUUCAUUGCAUCUUCUCACAUUGUCUUUCAUGAUGGAUUUGUUCAGAAAACUUGCAUGGAUUCUUGUUCUGAUGCUUCUACUCUGCUUUUGGGCAACUGAUUCUGAUUGUUCUCUACAAGAGGACAUCUAUAUUGCAAGGAAAAUGGGAAAUUCUCUGAAUUUCCUUGUUGUUGGAGACUGGGGCAGAAAAGGAUUGUUCAACCAGUCUCAAGUUGCUGUCCAGAUGGGAAGAAUAGGAGAGGAGCUGGGGAUUGACUUUGUUAUUUCCACUGGUGAUAAUUUUUACGAGAAUGGAUUGACUGAUACAGAGGACCCAAGUUUUGCACACUCUUUCUCUGAAAUCUAUACUGCCAAAAGCUUGCAGACACAAUGGUAUUCUGUGCUAGGAAACCAUGACUACAGGGGAGAUGUUUUGGCUCAGCUGAGCCCCAGUCUGAGAAGCAGAGACCCUAGAUGGUAUUGUGAAAGAUCCUUCAUACUCAACUAUACAAUCCAGCCACAGUUUGGAGAUCUUGGUUCAGUAGAUUUCUUUUUUGUGGACACCAACCCCUUUGUUGAUGAGUAUUGGGAGCCGAGUGAGCAAACAUAUGAUUGGAGAGGGGUUCUUCCUAGAGAAAAUUAUAUCAAGCAACAUCUAGAGGACCUGACAAAUGCUUUGGUGGCUUCAAGGGCUACAUGGAAAAUAGUUAUAGGGCACCAUGGCAUCAGAAGCAUUGGAUCACAUGGAGAUACAACUGAACUUGUUCAGCAUCUGCUGCCAAUUUUAGAAGUCCAUGGAGUGGACGCUUACAUGAAUGGGCAUGACCAUUGCCUUGAACACAUUAGCAGCCUUAACAGUCCCCUGGAGUUUUUGACAAGUGGGGGAGGAUCUGAAGCAUAUAGAGGAAUUAUCGAAUCAGCAGACAUGAAGGGUGUACGAUUCUUUCACGAUGGUCAAGGUUUCAUGUCCAUGCAAAUCACGUCAACAUCUUUGCAUGCUAAAUUCUACGAUGUUGAUGGGAAUCUCAUUCAUCAUUUGGAUUUACUCAAAGACCAGCAUUUUUCUUAUUGACAUGUUAAUUGAAUUAUUUCAGCCCUGAUUGAACUGGUAAUACUAUUUGGGCUGGGUAUGGAAACACGUUUUUAAUUAAGCUCGCAUUAAUGUCUUGAAUAUCGAGAUAAGUUGGAAAAUUUCUGUUUUCUUGUA